GUUUAUAUGUUAAUUAUCUAGCCACCCACGUAUUGAUGAUCAAUACAGAUUAUCUUUUAUAAAAGUGAUCUACAAUAAUAUUAUAUCAUUUUGUAUCCAAUGUUAUCUGAUUCUUGUCAAGAAUCAUCUUAUAAUUAGUCAUAUCCAAUUUACUCUUCACGCGAACAAAAAAAAGAUGGACUGAAAUUACAUUUAUAAAAUUUGAAGGUUAAGGAGAACAGUAAAAUCCCCUUGGAGAUGUGGCCACACUUGCUUCUCUUUUAGUUUUAAAAGCAGAUGGGAAUGGAUGGAGAUUAAACCCUGAAAUCGAUAAGUCCACAAAACCAAAUCAGAUGCUGUUGUGUGGUCGAAUGAAGUUCAAAUCUUGACUGAGAAUGAUUUUGUUGAAGAUUUUUGGUGCUUUUGAGGGAAAAGGGUCAGUUUGGACAAAAUGGUGGUGUUGGUCUUAAUGAAGGUGUAGGUGAGACUUUUAGUGAGGGUUUUGAGUAUGCUGAAGACUGUGAAGUAUCUAAUGCUACCGAGGGUAUGGAUGCGUCUGUCUUGGGGAAUGUGUGGAACUAUCUGAUGUUGGUGCAUGAUGAGGAGAUUUUAGUUAUUGUGCGUCAUCUUCCACUGCAUCCUGUUCUUCAAUCGAGUUUGUGCAGCAGAGUCAUUCAUCAGAUGAUGAUGAUGAUGAUGCAGAUGUUGGUAAAGAGGGUAAAGUACCAGGAUAUGAGAUUGACCACUCAGCAUCAUCUGACCCAGGCAACUAUGAUAGUUCUGACAGUGAAGAAGAAGAUACAGCAUGUAAGCAAGGGUGGAAGGCUGGCUGCAGACCUGUCAUUGGUCCUGAUGGAUGUUUCUUGAAGCAUUUUUUGUAAAGGACAACUGUUAUAUGCCAUUGGGAGAGAUGGGAAUAAUCAAAUGUUCCCCAUUUCUUGGGGUCUUGUGGAAUUGGAGAGUGCAGGUACUUGGAAAUGGUUUUUGGAUCAUUUGAUGGCAGAUCUUAAUGUUGCCAAUGAAGGUGAAGGGCUCACAAUCUUCCCUGACGUGAAAAAGGGUCUUCUAUCAGCUGUUCAUAAAGUACUCCCAAAUGUUGAACACAGACAUUGCGCCAGACACGUAUAUGCUGCCUAGCAGAAAAAAAUGGAAGCUUCAGUUCCGGGCAUGUGUUAGAGCAACAUCUGUAAACAAUUAAAAAGAGUUUGAAGAACUUGAUAAAAUGGGUCAUGUAAUAGUGCAAGAUGUCUUAAGAGUACGGAGAGCAGAGUUUUUUCAAGCCUUUUUUUUCAGCACAGCCCCACAAUGUGAUGAUGUUGGCAAUAACAUUAUGAAAGCUUCUAAUGGAUGGAUUCUUGAUGCAAGGGCCAAACUAACUGUAAGAAUGCUAGAAGAAAUCACAGUUACGAUUAUGAAUAGGAUACUUGUGAAGAGGAACUGUGCAUUGAAGUGGAAAACACCAAUUGCUCCAGAAGUGUUUAAGAUAUUUGGAAAAAACAGAGUAGAAGCAGGUGAUUGGGCUCUUGAAUAUAAUGGAGAUGAUGGAUACGAGAUUAUCAAAGGUGACAUGAAGCAUGUUGUUGGCCUUAGAAACAAAACUUGCAUGUGUAGAGCUUGGAUCUUACAGGCAUUCCAUGCCCUCAUACAAUCACUGCAAUGUACAUGGAGAUGUGGUCCCUGAAACUCAAAUAGCACUUUGGUAUCAUAGUGAAACAUGUCUAAGUACAUAUUCCUUCUCUUUAAAACCUGUUAGAGGUCAGACUUUUUGAUCUCCCACUGAAAAUGCCCCUCCAGAAAUUAAGAAGAAGCUUGGAUGACAGAGAAGAAAUAGAAGACAAGACAAAGAGGAGCCAAGGAAGGAAGGAAAAUUGUCUAGUAAGGGUGGCUACAAGACAUGCAAGAAUUGCGGUCAAGUUGGGCAUAAAAAAGAGGAGUUGUAAACAACCUAAAAGAACUCGCCAGGUGUUAUGUGCAGCUACUGGCCUUGAUUUUGAGUUAUCUAUUUUAUAAGUUACUAAUUAUUUUGUCUUUGGUAGGAAACUAACAGAGAUAGUGGUGCAACCAGCAGUAAUAAACAAAGGUCUGAAACUCCUAUGAAUGUUUUAAACUCAAGCACACAAUCUGACGUGAAUAUUGUUGGAAACAAAAGUGAAGAAGAGCAAAAUUCUCUAUGCAUCAAGUUGACCAAGAAAAUGUUAAAGGUAAAAGGAAAGAAAAGGUCAUUGACAAUCAAACAAGACAGGAGAACGUUAAGGGAAGAAAAAGGGUAGGGCCCCUGAUGUUACACCACAAUUAUCUAAAAUGCAGAAAUUGAAUGGGCAUGGAGUUUAUGUUAGCACCAGAACUGCUGCGCGCAUUGUUAAUGAUUAUAAUACCAGGACCUUUAAAAAUGAAAAAUGCUGAUACCGGUUCAACGGUCCGUCAAGCUUCUACAGCUGCAAAACUGAAUCAGCCAGCACAAGGUUCAACUAUGCAUAAAGCUUCACAGAAUGCAAGCUGGAACCAAGCAUCAAUUACCAAAAAGGUUCAAUCUUAUUUGCAAGGUGUAGCUGACCAUGGAUUCCAGUUAUGAUCCUUGUUUUUGAUAGACAUGAAUGUAAUGAAUGUUACAUUUUGUGGGUUUUGUCCUCUGAUGAUAUGCCCGGUAUCAUCAUCUCAUCUACAUUAUACUGCCAUGAAAACUUUAGAUUGUUUCGGGUGCGAAACAGAAGCUUAAAUUAUUCUUUGUAGGUUGUUAUGCUGUGACUUCACUUUUUCCUUGUUGGAUUUUGUACCUGAUUACCAGUUUGUGCCUUGCUACUGUGGUUUUGUUUUAUUUAUUUUUUGUCUAACUGUAAUUUACUUGAUAAUUGCAGUUUUUGUCACCUGAUUUUUUGUAUUUAAA